AUGCGUCGUUUUGCUCCCACCGUGAGCGGCAGCGGCCACCGUCUGCUUCGCCGCGUUGCAUCUGCCGCCGUCAUGCGCAACGUCCCGCUGGCCAAGUCGUCGGCGCAGUUAGGCACGCCCGUCACGAAGGAGGAGGUGGCGCAGGCCUUGAGGGUCCCUGCCGCCAUCCUCGCGCAGACGCACAGGCCGGCGGAGGUGCUCUUCACGGAGGUCGACCUUGCACGCGUGCGAUUCGCCCCGCUGAUCGCCACGCUGGGCGCGGAGGAGGACGUCACGAAGAUUGCGGCGGAAGUGAAGGCGGCGAAGGCUGACAGUGCGGCGGCGCGUAAGCCUGUGGCCGGCGCAAAGGAGAAGUUUAAGGGCACCGCGUGGAAAAGCGUCAAGGAGCUGGUGACGUUUUACGAGGAGGUUAUGCUGCCCGCUCGUCUGGUGCACCAGGACUACAACUUCUAUGAACUGAAUAGCUUCCACAUCAAGGACGACCUCAAGCGUGGCCUCUCCGCCUUCAAGCAGGACCACCUCGACAAGCAGAAGGUGGAGCUUGUAAAGGUGCAGGCGCAGAUGCAGGAGUGCCAGGAGUUUAUUAAAAGCGUUGGCACGACGGCCUUCGACACCGCCAUUUGUAAUGACAUUGCAAACAUUCUUCGCGUGUGUGGCGAGUGCAACCCGCACGCCCACCGCUUGGCCAUGCAGGUCUUGGAGGACAUGAACCUUCUCCGGGUUCCCUUCAACGACGUGACGACGAAGUUGCUGCACGCCAUCGUGUUCAACGACGGCGCCCUCGACGACUCGGCGCUCAUGUUCACGCUGGUGGAGUACCCUGAGCGCGGGGAGGUGAGUGUGAGCCGGGAGCCGGUGGAUCGGAUAGCAGAUGGUGCACUGAAGAUCAUCAGUGCGCGGCAUCAGACGCCGCUGGACGACGGAGUGCUGCUGCACCAGAGUGACACCCAGCCAUGCCUGCAGCGGUCGCCGGAGUAG